AUGCUACUCUAUAAACCAACAUUCCCAACCAUCCCCACCGGGCAUCUCCCAAUGAGAGACAUCCAAGUGACUCGAUACGAGGCGAAAAGCGAGAAAAAAAAACCCCACCGACUUAGUGGCUCCACCGACAACCUCGACGCGAUCCCCAACCGACCGACGUUAAUUUUCCUUCCAUUUUUCCAGGUCAUUCUGAGUCGGUCUUUGCAGCGAAGGGAUGCGCCAUGCCCGACGUUACUGCAGCGCCAUCACGUGGCAUCCGUAAGCCCCGGAAAUCGCGUGGUCGAGGAUUGCGCGCCACCACUGGCUGUUUGAUCUGCAAACGGCGGCAUGUGAAAUGCGACGAGGUGCAUCCCCAGUGUGGCCCCUGCGCGAAAGGCCAGCGCGCCUGCGUCUACACUGACGCCGACUCAGGGGUUGGGGGUCAUUCGCUCGAUGCUGCUGCAACGCCCUCAACGCCCCGGGAGGAACCCCCCGUUACGACGCCCAAGGUUCAAGUCCAUCAGCCCUUACAGAUCCUAGUCGAUGCCUGCCAGCAAGAACGGCCCGUGUCGCAGGAACGGCCUCAUGGUCGCUCGUCGCUCGCGCCCGAACCGAUCGCGACAGGUCAUGAUAAUGUGCCUUCGCCGGCUACCGAAUCGACAACCUCGAACCGAACAGCUGCUCCGAGAAGCUGGUUUGAGUUAUUAGCGACUGAUGCGGUCAAUGCAGAUGGAAACUUCUAUCUCUCGCCUCAACUGCGAACGCCGUCGACCCCAGCCCUCUCGUCGUCGCCGUUCCUCCCGGAUUCGAAUCCCGGCUUCCAUCCUCGCACGCCUCGGCAGCGCGAGAGCUUCAAGGCGGCUUCCUUCGGAAAUGACCCGGAGAUGCAGACAGGCCUGGCGCCAGUACAGACCGGUGAUCCUUCGAGCGUGGUGGCUGAUGAUCCUUCGUGCUGGACGACGCCAUCCCCAAUCCAACUAUCCCCGAAGGAGUAUCGCAUCUUCAACCAUUUUGUCAAAUCCCUCGGCUCCUGGCUGGACUUCUUUGAUCCGUCUCUGCAAUUCUCUACCGUUGUUCCGCACCUCGCACUGCGGAAUACGGGCUUGAUGAAAGCGCUUAUGGCACUCUCUGCGCGACAUCUCUCGCUGUGGAAUGCCAACUAUCCGUCGGGAAUGACCCCCGAGACUGGGAAAUCGAACAGCGAUAUGAAGGAAGCCUGGAAUCUCUCCGAAAUUGACCGUAACUUCGCUGUCCAGUAUUACUACGAAACUCUGGCCUAUCUUAACAAAGCCAUGAAGUAUUCCAGCUACGCGUCGAGCCACGAGCUCAUCGCUACCGCCCUGCUCAUCAGCACAUACGAAAUGGUCGACGGCUCCAACCGCGACUGGGAGCGGCAUCUAAAAGGCGUCUUCUGGAUCCAGCGAUACCAGAACAACGACGGCGAGUGCGGCGGAAUCCGACAGGCCGUCUGGUGGGCCUGGUUGCGACAGGACGCGUGGGUCGCCAUGCGAGAGCGUCGACGAGUCUUCACCUUCUGGAAACCGAAAAGGCAUUAUUCGACGCUGACACCGGCAGAAAUGGCCUGCCACUCGCAUUACCUCCUCGCGCAAUGCAUUAAUUACGCGUCCAAAGAAGAAUCCGAGUCGAAGGAUCUUCAACAGCGGCUGGACCGAGGCAGCGAGCUGCUCUGCAUGCUGCAAGAGUGGCAUGAUUACCUGCCCAAUGAGUUCCGACCCCUGCCCACUGCGCCUAAUUCUGGUCUCUUUCCUCCGAUUUGGGUACACCCCCCGUUUUAUGCGGCUGCACUGCAGCUUCACAGCCUGGCGCGUAUUCUUGUUCUACUGCAUCGGCCAUCUGUAGGGGGGUUGCAGGAUUAUCGGGCGGGCCAGCACCUGUUGACGGCGUCUGUCAGUACGAUCUGCGGGAUUGCGCAGACGGUGGAUGAAAAUAAUCAUGCGGCCUCUUUGGUGUCGCUGAAUUCGUUAUACGGAGCUGGAAUGUGCGUCCACACGCCCAACGAGCGAGCGAUUCUUCUCGACUUGAUGGAUAUGUUCCAGCAGAGGGUGCGAUGGCCGAGUAAUUCCCUUCGGCGAGACUUGGAACUGGACUUCCAGAAAGACGGACUGCCCGGGUUUAAUGGAUAGACUCGAGGGUGUAAAUUGUGUAAAUAGCUGUUCAGAUACUGCAUACGGAUAC